UACUUCCCACAGCCAACACUUUGCAUGAGACAUUGGCUGUGGUCACAAGCCACUACAUUGGGGGUGACUACAGAGCUGAAUGGCAGGAAGUCAAGAGAUUGUCCAGCACUCGCACUCUGCAGUGGUGACAUAAGCCGCACUAACUGUGGUCCGGAGUCACCUGCUCACACAUCUCCUCUCCUGGGGCACCGUGAAGAAUUAAUUUGGAUAAUGAUAUCCACCUUGAGAUUCCUCCUACUCUGCCUUCUCUCUGACGGGGACCUCAUGGCAGAGGAUAUCUCUGGUGUGCGCCUGGUAGGUGACCAAGGCCCCUGUGCAGGGCGUGUAGAGGUAUUUCUCCAUGGCAGGUGGGGCACUGUGUGCAGCCUGGGCUGGAACACCGCAUCCUUCUCCAUCCUCUGUGGCAGUCUGGGCUGUGGAUCACCUCUGGAGACAUCAUCUAUGCCAGCAUCAGGCCACUCAUUGGCACUCCAUGGCCUACUCUGUGGCCCUGCAGACCACAUCUCUCAGUGCAGCUCAUGGCUGUCAGAGAGGAAGCUCCACGCUGAUGUGAAUGCCGUGGUGGUGGUCUGCUCAGACCCAGAGAAUUUGUCAGUUGGUUCAUCCCGCCACCAUGUCUUCUUCUUUUGGAGCUCCUGGAUUUUCCGUCUGUUGAUCGUCAUGGCUGUGUUUGUAUCCAUUCAUCUUGGGACCCACCUGCUGCUUGUCUCCCAGAAACAGAAUUAAGAUCACAGUCAAGGCUCCUGGGGGGACUGGAAGCUCAGAACAGUCAGGGGAUGGGAUAUGGAGCUUUUCACCUCUUGGUCCCCAGUUUCACUAUAGCAGCGGGUCGGGAAGUCUGGGUAUCUCAGUAUGAUUACGGAAUGGAAUAUGACUAAACCAUUUUGCUUUGAGUCAUGGGACCCUAGAUUAGUAGAGCUGCACAGGGACUAGAAUUUCUGCUCUGUGAAAAAUUUGUUUUCAUUCUAAAUCAGAAUUUUCCACAGAACACAACUAGAUGUUUCAUUUCAAUAAAAAUCAAAGUUUCAUUCAAAUUUUGACUUUUAAGAGAAAAAAAUUUUGAUACAAAACACUAUUCUAAGUUAAAA